CGAUUCCUUAGCUGUCGUUGGCUGAGGUAGAGCAUCCUCUUCGGCUUGGCUGGUUCGCGUGGGGUAGAGCUUCGAGCGGGUCAAUUGCCAUUGCCUGUCGCUUUGCUUUUCCUCUUCUGCAUUUGCUGGUUUCUAUUCUGCCUGUCGUGAAGUAGAGCUCUGAAAGAGUCCAAGCUUCUCCGCCUCCUCCUCCGACGUUGUUCCUGUCGGAUCGGAAGUCGCGCCGGGAGCUCGCCGCGAAGGUAACGAUAUUUCCCCCCUUCAACGCAAUUCCUCAGUCGGGAUUUUUUUCCUGGCGCCAAGAAUGCGUUAAACCGCCUCACCAAAGGAUUUCGUAAAUCCGGGAUUUACCACGAGAAGGGGGAAUUUUCCGUCGACCGCUGCUUAGAUUUACCGUGAGAUUUGGUUCUGCAUUUUGGCCGUUUGGCUGGAUUUAGCAAAUCCGCCCCAAAUCCAGCCUAAAUCCUGCAUCCAAACAGCCCUCUAGGGUUUGGAUCCGCUUUUAAAAAUAUUAGUAGCGGGAAGACUUUGUUUUUGGCUUCUGGUUCGCGAGAUGGAUGUCUCAGCGAUCAAUGAGGAAUUGGCCAAUAUAGAUGCGCAAAUCAGCGACAUACUUCGAGCACUAUCAAAUGGGUUUCAGAAACUGGAUAAGAUAAAGGAUCCAAAUAGACAGAGCAGACAAUUGGAAGAACUCACUGAAAAGAUGAGAGAAUGCAAGAGGCUCAUUAAAGAGUUUGAUAGAGAGUUGAAGGUAGAGGAAAGUAAUAAUACCACUUCUGUCAACAAAACGCUGAAUGAAAGAAAACAAGCAAUGAUCAAAGAAUUAAAUUCAUUCGUUGCUCUAAAGAAGCAGUAUGCAGGUAGUCUUGGAAAUAAGCGUAUUGAACUUUUUGAUGCACAGGAGGUUGGGCAUAGGCCUGGUGAAGAGGACGUAUUCUUGGCUUCAUCUAUGACCAACCAACAAUUGAUGGAUACUGGAGGUAGGAUGAUGAAUGAAGCUGAUCAAGCUAUAGAGCGGUCCAAGAAGGUUGUUGAAGAUACCGUAAAUGUUGGUGCAGAGACAGCGGCUGCUCUCAAGGCGCAGACUGAACAAAUGAGUAGGAUUGUUAAUGAACUAGACUCUAUCCACUUUUCAAUGAAGAAGGCAUCACAGCUCGUGAAGGAAAUAGGAAGACAGGUUGCUACUGACCGGUGUAUCAUGGCCUUGCUUUUCUUGAUUGUGGUUGGAGUAAUUGCAAUUAUUAUUGUGAAGAUUGUGAAUCCAAAGAACAAGGACAUCCGGGACAUUCCAGGACUUGCUCCACCAGCUAAUAGAAGGCUUCUUUGGGAAAGGGAUCACCAUUAUUACAGUUGAAAUCUUCAUUUCACUUCAACCAUUUUAUACAGGCAUAAUAACCUAUAUUUGAGAAAUUGAGAUGUUUUACUUUGUUGUUUUUUUUUAUAAAAAUAUUGAUUUAUUUUGUUAUAUUAUCUUGUAUAACUAGUUGAUUCAACCAUUUCAAUUGAUACUAAUUCAUGCACUUCA